AUGGAGGUUCGAGGCAAGAAACCAAAUUUCCUCAUCGUCGUGGCGGACGACCUCGGCUUUAGCGACACGUCACCAUACGGAGGCGAAAUCGACACGCCGAACCUACAAAGGUUGGCGGACGAGGGUCUGCGCAUGACCGGGUUUCAUACGGCUGCGUCAUGCUCGCCGACACGGGCCAUGCUGUUGUCUGGAACCGAUGCACACAUCGCGGGCCUUGGGUGUAUGGCCGAGAAGAUAAAAAAGUCCCCGGAAAUCUUCAGGGGGAAGCCUGGAUACGAAGGCUAUCUGAACCACCGGGUUGCUGCGCUUCCUGAAAUACUACAAGAUGCUGGUUAUUUCACCUUCAUGAGCGGGAAAUGGCAUCUUGGUUUGAAGAAGGAGCUCAGUCCAAGUGCCCGAGGCUUUACCAAAGUCCUGAGCUCCCUACCAGGGGCCGGAAACCAUUACAACCACGAACCGCAGCUAUAUGGCAUCAAAGAGAAGCCCACCGCGAUCUUCAAGGGCGAUGGCAUAUGGAUGCAGGACGACAAAUUCAUCAAUGGCAGCCGGGACCUUCCCAAGGACUUCUAUUCCUCGGACACCUUCACCGACUACUUUCUCCAGUUCCUUGAGGGCCGGACCGACGAACAGAAAGAACAGCCGUUUCUUGGCUACCUCGCCUUUACGGCCCCGCAUUGGCCCUUGCAGGCACCUGCCAAAGUUGUCAGGAAAUACAAGGGGAAAUAUGACGAUGGGCCUGUAGCUCUGAGGGACAGGAGACUGAAAAGUUUGGUGGAAAGGGGGCUUGUGCCACCCAACGUCGAGGCCGCGCCCUUACAUACGCUAGGCACAACACCUUGGGAAGACCUCACAGAAGAUGAGCGCAGGCGGUCAUCGAGAACUAUGGAGGUAUAUGCAGCGAUGGUGGAUCUCAUCGAUGUGAACAUCGGGCGGGUGCUCGAUCACCUGGAACAGUCGGGGGAACUGGAUGAUACCUUCAUUGUGUUCAUGUCGGACAACGGCGCCGAGGGACAGCUCCUAGAGGCGAUCCCGAUUCUAGCAGGCUAUACCUUGGAGGAUAUGGUGAAGAAGUUUUACGACAACUCGCUGGGCAAUAUAGGGAAUCACAACUCCUUUGUCUGGUACGGGCCGCAGUGGGCCGGCGCAGCAACGGCUCCAGCCAGAGGAGCCAAGUCAUACACGACCGAGGGCGGCAUCCAUUGUCCCUGUAUUAUACGGUACCCUCCCAUACUGAAGGCGAAAGGCACCAUCACGGACGAAUUCACUACGGUUAUGGAUAUUCUGCCAACUAUAUUGGAGUUGGCCGGCUUGGAACGGCCCGAAAGAGUAUUCCGCGGACGAGAGGUAGUACCAAUUCGAGGGAAAUCAUGGCUACAACUACUGAGCGACCCAUCAAACCAGGAAAUAGUGGUUUACCGACCAGACGACAUAGUUGGAUGGGAGCAACUUGGCAUGGCAGCUGUCCGGGUCGGGAACUGGAAAGCCUUGUUUAUCCCCCCGCCGAGAGGCCCAGGGCGAUGGGAGCUAUACGAUCUGACAACCGACCUGGGCGAAGUGAAUGACCUCGCAGGUAAAGAGCCGCAGAAACUCAAGGAAAUGCUUGCACACUACGAGACCUACUAUCAAGAGACGGGCAUGUUCGACUCGUAUACCAUGUUUCAGGAGGCCAUGAGGCAGAAGAAGCUCGCAGGGGCCUCGGCUUCUGGCAGCAGGAAGAGGAAAGCACUAGACAUCCUAGAAAGGGAAAACAUAAAGCCUCAGGGCUCAAGGGAGGAAGAGGGGAAGGAUUCUAAAACUAGGCUCGAUCAGACGACCGCUACCAAGGGCUACCUAGACCACUGGCCUAACAAGUUAGCGGCUUCCAGGAAACCACCCAGCGCCACCCCAACCGUGCCCCAGGUUCAGAGUUACCAGGGGCCUGGUUCGCCGGUGCGAUUCUUCCGCCGCCGAAACGCAGGGCAACCCGACUGGACUUCAACAAAGGCGAGAGGGCGACUUGACGCUGCCCUGCUUUCUGACCUCAUCACUGACCUGGAAUACACACACGCUGCUCAGCACGCAAAGGGACACCUUCGUUUUCCCGACCUCUGUCUACGGACCGCUGCGGGCCCCCUUUUGCAGAUUGAACUCGAGAAACAACACAGGCAGCACCCGAUGCCGUCGGUCACGCACGCCGAGUCGCCCACCCUCACCUCGGGCAAGAAGCGCAGGUGGGACGACAAUGCAGAGCUUCAGAUGCCGCUGUAUGCAGCCCUCGACAACUCGACGCCGUCGGGUGCUCCCGCAGCUGACCUGCCGUCCUUGUACAGCUACACCUCGCCGACGAACCCCGGGGCCCAGGACUACGAAGUAAACAACGACCGCCUGGUCUUCCACCGCACGAGCCCCAACAAGGGAGGACCCGUGCCGAACUCGCUGCUCGGCCUGCAGCGCAAGAUCAGGCCGCUGCCCUCGGCCAAGAGGCUCAGGGUCCUGGAUGACGAAGAAAACCAACACUACGAUGCAGCCGUCGGAGCGCAGGGCUGGCAACGUGCCUUGUAUUCAUCGGGCCAGGCAGACUACUCAACGCCCCCAAUCUCACCACAGAUGCGGCCCGUUGCAUCCACAGAACGGACCACCUCGUCAACAGUGCUGAGCCCGUGCCAUAUCUGCCACCGAAAGCCCACCAAAAAGUCGGACCUGGACUCCUUUGCCGACUGCGAGGGUUGCGGCGAGAGGACGUGCUACGUCUGCAUUCGGCAAUGCCAAGGCUGGGACAGCACAACAUCCCGCACAAGCCCUGGCCAUGAAGCUCAACGACAACGGCAGCAACAGCAGCAGCAAGAGGCAGCAGACGAGGCGCUGUCGAGGUCGUUCACAAUGCACGAUGUGGACGAUGCGGUGGAAGACCAGGAAUCGCAUGGACCAAGAUCCGGUACGAACAGAGAGAGGGACUCGGGAGGCACCAGUGGAUGGAAUGCGAAAGGCCACUGCUCUGUCAUCUGCAGCCGGUGCUGUGUGGAGCGUGGGAGCGAGGGUGACGUGGUGUGUUUGGGCUGUCUGGCUGGCAUUGAGGGUGCAUGA